CGGAGAGGUGAUAGUGAUGCACUCUGUCAAAACAACAGCACCAUGAACAGCAGUGCUAGGUACAGCACUUUUACUGGAAACUUUUAAUACUUUAGUUUUCAAGAGGAAGCGCUGGGUCAUUUCUGAAAGCAUUUUCAUAUCAAGGAACUUUGUUUUUUUUUCUGCUGCUUUUCGCGUUGAAUUGAACAGUGUGCCUGCAUAUUUCUAGUAUGGAUGACAUGGUGAUGGAAGAGGAGGAUGAAUGCCCAGAGCUGGUGCCUAUUGACACUCAGACCAGUCCUCCUGCAGAGCAGAUACCUGUCACCAUCAUCACUGGCUAUCUCGGUGCUGGAAAGACAACACUCCUGAACUACAUAUUGACAGAACAACACAACAAGCGAAUCGCUGUCAUACUGAAUGAAUUCGGAGAGGGAAGUGCUUUAGAGAAGUCUCUUGCAGUGAGUCAGGCAGGAGAGCUGUAUGAAGAGUGGCUAGAACUGAGAAACGGCUGCCUCUGCUGCUCAGUUAAGGACAAUGGUCUUAAAGCCAUAGAGAACCUGAUGGAGAAAAAAGGAAAGUUUGACUAUAUCCUUUUAGAAACCACAGGACUUGCUGAUCCAGGAGCUGUGGCCUCCAUGUUCUGGGUCGAUGCAGAACUCGGCAGUGACAUCUAUUUGGAUGGUAUCGUCACGGUCAUUGACGCCAAGUAUGGACUGCAGCAAUUGGCAGAGGAAAAGGCAGAUGGACUGGUCAAUGAAGCUGCUAGGCAGAUUGCCCUUGCAGACUUGGUCAUUAUCAACAAGACUGACCUUGUUAAUGAAGAGGAAUUGGCUCAAAGCAGAGAUACUGUCAGGUCUAUAAAUGGUCUUGUCAAGAUUUUAGAAACCCAAAGAUCAAGGGUGGAUCUCUCUGAAGUGCUGGAUCUACAUUCCUUUGAUAGUAAAAAUGGAGCAAAUCUAGCAGAGAAGCUGCAACUUAUGAAGACUACAAGACCACAUCUUGACAAGAGUAUUUUAACGGUGACAUUUGAAGUUGCUGGAGAUCUCUCUGAAGACGCUUUAAAUGUCUUCGUUCAGGAUCUUUUAUGGGAAAAGAUGUUUAAAAACAAAGAAGGGCAACCCAUGACCGUCAUACGGUUAAAGGGCAUAGUAUCAUUCGCAGGUAAAGCCCACCAAGUGAUGCUGCAGGGGGUCCAUGAGCUGUACGAGCUGAAUGAGACGCCACAGCUUUGGGAGGAGAACCCAAGGAUCAACAGAUUGGUCUUUAUAGGCAGGAGUCUGGACAAGGACACCCUGCAAGAAGAGUUCAUCUCAAGAGUAGUUCAGGGAGCAAAUAAGGAGUAGAUAAAGAUCUUCUCUUUGCUGCUUAAACUAAUUCUGAAGUAGAAGUUGUGUUUUGACCUUAUUCAUUUAAGCAUAUUCCUACUGGUUUACUUCUGAUAAUGACUGAUUUUAGUUCUAUUUAGUGUUCAAUACAAUAGGCUAAAACUAGGUUAUUCCAUUAUUUCAUUUUUCAUAAAACUACGGUGUCGAGGAUCAGAGAAUAGGUGUUUGAGUUGCUGUGUGAUGUUCUUCUGUUCAAACUGAAUCUGACCAGUAAUGACUGAACACACCGAUAAAAAUAUCAUAAUACACAUAAUAUACAUUUUGUUUGUUUGUUUGUUUUAUAAAUAUGGCUUUAUCUACCAAAUCUGGCCUUUUUUAAGUUUUAGAGCAUCAUCCCUGGAGAAAAAGAAAGAACCUUGCUAUGUUUCUGGCUACAAUAAUCUGUUUGGUUAUUCAAAAUAAAGACAUGUUUUACAGGUGACCUGCA